UUCCGGCUUCCCAGCGCCCCCCGCCCCCCAGUCUUCUGGAAAGGAGGGCUCCUUUAGCCCUGUGGCCUGCACCCAAUGUCCUGUGGCUUCCCUGAGGCUAGAAGGAGAGGGUGGUGUUUAGCGCUCACAGAAGGAGGUUGGGAGAAGCCGUUCCUCUCUAAAAGGAAAAUCCCUGGCCCUUCAGGUUCCACUCUGCGGUGCCCGCGGGUCCACGCUGCUGGGCCAGGCCGGGGCGCUCCCGUGCUCCCGGGUGCGUGCGCGGAUCCCGGGUAGAAAGUGGGGGCGCUGAGGCCCGAGCGCGGGCGCGUCCACGGAGCUUUUCCCGCGGCCAGCGGUGCGGCCCGGCCAGGGCGCGCGCGCGCGGGGUUCUCUGCGGCCGGACUCCGCCGCCAUUCCGCCCGAGGAGGUGCGUCCGCCAAACUUGCGGGAGCAGACAUAUGUGGGGCAUCUCCCACCUGGAGGUCAUGUUGUCUCUUCAGGCUCUGCAGCAAUAAGCAGCCAUGGAGACGAAUAUCCCUGGAUUUAGGAAGUUCAGCCAUGGCCCUCAGCCACUCCUGAGCAAGCACUCACCACACUGGCAAGACUGACUCAGCCUCAAAGGUCCGGACAGUCCUGGAGCAGCUGGAUCCCAGACUUGCAGAAAGAAGACAGAAAGGAGAGGAAGGGAAGCAGGAAGAAGGAAGGAAGCCUGGAAGUUAAGAGCCAGCCCAGUGGCUGGCAUCUGGUAAGACGAUUAACCCUGCCCCACCAUAGUACAGGGAGGCACUUGUCCUUCCUGCCUGGAUUCCAGCUGGCCCAGCCCUGGAAUGAGGGGUGAAGAAAGAGGGCAGCACCGACUGCUAGGCUAAGCAGGGGCUCCAGAGGGACAGGAGCCACAGCUGACCCACAGAUUCAUCAUAGAGCCGUGUUAUGUGGGCAUGAGGGAAAUUGUUCAAGCUGGAGAAACCCUGGAAGCUACAGGCUUUGUUUGUGUGUACCAGUAGUAUUUAAUGUUUACAUUAUGUGUUCUGGAAUUGGUACAUAUACACCACGCAUUUCAAUUCUUUUCAAUCUACCUUCCCUCUAUUAUUAUCUCUGUCUCUGCCUCUGUCUCUGUCUCUGUCCCUGUCUCUGUCUCUCUCUGUGUCUCUGUCUGUCUGUCUCUGUGUGUGUGUGUGUGUGUGAUUGUAAAAUGAUGUCUUCUAUUCUUCGAGGAAAAUACCUAAAAGAAUUGGUGAGUUAAAUAGAGUUUCUAGUUUUAAUUUUUGGAAGAAUCUCCACUGUGCUUACUAUAGUGGCUAUUGUAGUUUACAUUCCCACCAACAGUGUAGAAAGUUCCCUUUUUCCUGCAUCACUGCUAGCCUUUGUUAGUAUUUGAUUUCUUAGUGAUGUGGGGUAAGAUGAAAUCUCAGUGUUUUUUUAAUUUGCCUUUCUCUCAUGGCCAGCAACAUUGAGCAUUUCUUCAUGCAUUUAUUGGCUAUUGGUAGUUUUGUGAAGUGUCUGGUUUUUUACUGGGUUUUUUACUUUGGGGGUCCUAGUUUUCAGAGCCCUCCAUAUACUGUAGAUUUUGGUCCUCUGUCUGAAAAUAGCUGGCAAAAUAUUUCUCCUAUUCUGUAGAUUUUUCUUUUCACUCUGCUGGUUGUUGUUGUGAAAAGUCCAGUGAUCUGAUAUGAUCCCAUUUGUUGAUUCUCAGUAAUUUUCCCUAUGAAGUUUGAGUGCUGUUCAGAAAGUCCUUGCCUAUGCCUAUCACUUCAAGAAUUUUGCCCUAUUUUACUUGCCAGUUUGACUUGUUUUAACUGUUUCUGUUUCAUUUCUUUGGUCCACUUUGAUGUUAGUUUAUUAUAGGCGAGAGAUAUGGGUCCAGUUUCAGUCUUCUGCAUAGCCAAUUUUCCUAACAGCAUCUAUUAGAGAGACUAUCUUUGCUCAGGUGAGGAAAAUACCACCACUUCAUUAUGAAUGGACCAAAAGGUGCAAGGGCAACCAGGGAAUGAGGCAGAGUUACCCAUGAGGUUGAGGUGGGCUUGGUGCUUUCCCAGCAGAGGGAAGUGAGGAAAUGAGCUAGCACAGGUCUUCCUGGAAACCACCUUUGUCCAUCCACUAAUAACAAAUCAUGAUGACUCACAGGACAGUGUGUUCAGGUGUGGUGCAUGUCACAGGUGAGCACACACAAAGGAACUAGAAAAUCUUCACAUUUCACUGUUGCUGCCAUUGUAUUGUUGUUGGGAGGAGCCUAAAGGUGCCCAGAUUCUUCCGGCCAGUGUCCAUGAAGCUUUGUGUCUCCAGCCAGACUAAUGCCCUCACCCUCAAGGAAUCCACUUCCGCUAAUCCUGUGGUUCUUAAUACCUUCUUGGCAGCUUUCAAAAUUACUAAAACACCAUGAUUCCCCUAUAGGGGCCAGACUGGGUGGUGUGGGUCCUUAGCUAUUCUUACUAAGAUGGCUGACAGUAAUUGUUGUGUAAUUGGCUCUGAGAACAUCACCUGAAGCAGAGUCACCUGAAGCAGAGUCACAUUCCCUCCUGAGCAGUGUGCACUGAGCCCAGCCCAGCACUGCACCUCUGUUGUGGGCUGUGGCACUCUGCUGUUGUCACCUAUAUGUAGUAGGUGACAUCCCCCUCAAAGCAGCUGACAGAAGAUAGUGACAGCCCUCUCUCUUUCCUUAUGUUCACAAGCUCCUUAAUACUCCUGCCCUAAACCACCCCCGUAUAAACAGAAUGUUACUGAAAUUUUUCUGCUUUUGUUCAGAGGGCAGCACAAACUUAAGCAAAUUUAUGAUUUCCCCUAAAAAGAAAACUCUCUUUGCUGAAUCCCUUUAAGCAGCCAUUUUCCCCAGUGUGUCUUACUUGCUCCAGCCUCAGUUUCCUUCCCCAAAGUGUCUUUCUCUGCCAUCUGAUGUCUUGUUCUUCUCACCUAGCUCUUGGUAGCCUUACUCAUGCCAACACUGAGAGGUCCCUGUCUACAGUCCUGGCACAGCACUCAACUGAACAGGCUGGAGAAGCUUCCAAGCACAGUAGGAGGACAGUGGUGAGUGUCCAGAGACACCUCACUGCAGAGAAUAUCACACCAAGGGUCUAACCCUCCAAGGCACUUUGUGUAGAAUGGUAGAGACUUUCUUCACCUGUGCUCACCAGCAUGAGCACACGCUGUGAUUCCUUAGCCCGUAUCCUGUGAGAUGAAUAUCCUGCUACUCCCCAAGACAGGUGUUUGAUUGAAAAAAUUGCCCAAUCUUACCCCACAGUGAGAGAGGAAGUAUUUCCCUAAUUACUAAGAUACUCCUCCCUUCCCUGUAUGUUACCAACUCAUAAUUCAAUAAUGUGCCAUCUGUUUCUUCCUUAUCCCACUUCAGGUCUGCUGGGAUAAUUAGGGCCCAUUGUCAUGCUCUCUUUGUGUCUCAGAAGGUGUGAAGCUCCAUUCUUCCAAUUAGGAUAUAGUUAAAUGACUGUGUUGUCCUUAGGAAAUGAAAAGAUACAAGCAGAGGAAAUCUGAACCUUCAAAACAGAGCGAACAGUGUUUUUCUCCUGGAAGAGUUUGUCUCCAUAACAGAGGAAUCCUGAUAGCACUGUCUGUUCUUAUGUAAAAAAUAGGAUUUCAAAGAGGGAGUAGAGGGAUAUAGAUUUCUAGUCCCAUAACAUUCUACCUCCAAAGUAACAUAUUCUGAUAUCAUUUAAUAAAAUCUUAUUGAUGCAUAAAGUGCCCUAAAGGACUGAUAACCUGAUUUGAAGAUAUCUAGUAUCAAGGUUGAGUCACUAUUAAUGAGUAAGUUUUCCAUGGUGUGAUGUUAUCCUGUAGACCCAGAGAUCUAAAUGUUAGAAUGUAGAACACAAGGCCUCAUGGGCAAAGAUAAGACUUCCAAGUCAGAUUCAUCAUCAUCUCUUCAGGACUUUAACUUUAUAAUCAAGUUAACUUAUUCCAUUUUGCACUUGCGAUAAGGUAAAACAGUUUAUGAGGAGGACAAAGAUAUUUGACUCAUCUUUCUGAAAGCUGGAAAUUCUAGAUCCAGGGAUCAACAUCUGGCCGGAGUCUUCUUAUUGCAUCAUCCUAUGGUAGGAGACUAAACAGAAGGCAAGAGAAAGAAAGCAAGAGGUGGUGUAACUCACCCCUUUACAAGGAGCCCACUCCUACAAUCAGCAUUAAACCAUUCAUGAGCUUCUGUGACCUCCUAAGCCCCAGGGUUGUUGCAUGGUGUCCAAGUUUCCAACACACAGAAAUUGGAGGACACCUUUAGACUAUAACACAAAGGAACUAUAAAAGAUAAGAAAAGCAGUUAAAAUAACAGGAAAAAGUCCUUUCUUAUCGAUAAUUGUAUAGAAUGUAAAUGGAUUAAGUUUUUCAAGCAAAAGAUAGAAAGUGGCUGAGAAGAUAAAAUACAAGGUUCAAUUGUAUGUUGCCUGUGAGAGAUAGAUAAGGUUAAACGGAGAAGAUUGGGGGGAGGGAAUUCAUGGAUUACAUGGAUUUUAAGUAAAAACAAGAAGCAUAGAGGGUAUCUGUGUACUGAUAAAACACAAAUACUCUCAGUAGGGAUUCCUUGAUGUAACAAUUGUAAAUAUAGAAAGCAAAUAUUAACAAACUGAAAGGAGGAGAACUUAAUGCUGCUCUUAACAUUAGAUAGAUCAGAUCAAAAAGCUAAAGAACAGACAGAACAGACAUUAGCUACACUAUAAACCAAGUAGACCUAACAAAUAUAUGUAGAAAAUCACAUUCACAACAUAAGCUACACUUUCAUCUAAAUACCUGAAAAGAGACCAUGUAUGGGAUCCCAAAAAGUCUCAACAAAUUUAAUAUUGAAAUUAUUUAUGUUGUCCCAAGUGAAUGGUAUGAAACUGAAAAAUCAUAGCAGGAACAAAAUAGGAAACUUCACAAAUGCAUGGAAAUUAAACAAUACAUCCUGGAAUAACCAAUAGAUCAAAAAAGAAAUCAAAAAAAUAUCUUGAGACAAAUGAAAGUGGAAGCAGCAUAUCAAAACUUAUGGGAUGGAGCAAAAAAUAUACUAAGAAAUUCAUAGAAUUAAAAAAAAAACCUCAAAUAAGUACCCUAACUUUAAACAAACUAGAAAAAAUUAAGCCUAAAAUCAUCAGGAUAAAAGUAAUGAAGUAUAAACCAGAAUAGAUGAAAUGGAAUCUACAGAAAUGGUAGGAAAAAAUGAAUAAAAAUAAGAAUUUUUUGAAAAGAUAAAACUGAAAAAAGUUUCACUAGACAAUAUGAGGGAAAAAUAGAAGACUCACAUCAAUAAAAUCAGAAAUGAGAGAGGAGAUAUUACCAUUAAUGCCUCCAACACACCUUUGGUAUGAUCCUUUGAUCAUACCAAAAUAAUGCAUAACCUAGAAAAAAAUGGGUAAAUUCCUAGAGUCAUACCAUGUGUCCAAACUGGAUGAUAAAAAAAAUCUGAAUAUAAAAGUAGAGACAUUUAAUGAGUGAUAAAAAAAUCUCCCCUCAAGAAAAAAAGGAAGAGCAGAUAGAUUCAUAGGUGAAUUCUACCAAAUAUUUACAGAAGAAUUCUAGUCAAUCUUACUCAAAUUCUUCCAAAAAAAAUGAAAACACAUUAUGCUUCCAAAGUCACUUAAGAGACCAACAUAAGCCCUACCCUGAAAGCAAAGUCAGAUAAAGACAACAGAAGAAAAGAAAAUUACAGUCCAGAAUCCUUAAUCAACAUGGAUGUACAGCUCCUCAUUAAAAUAUAAGCAAAUGAGUCUGAUGGCACACAAAACUAAUCAACCACUGUGAUCAAGAGAUGUUUGUUUCUUUCUGGGAUGCAACAAUGAUACAACAUAUGUAAAUCAAUAAAUCCAAUAUUCCACAGUAACAGGAUGAAGCAUAAAAAAGAGCAGAAAAAUCAAUUGACAGGUUUCAAUAUCCUUCCAUUUAAACAUUUCACCAAAUUAAGUAGAGAAGGCAUAUACCUCAAUAGAAUAAAGGCCACACACCUGACAUCAUAUUCAGUAGUGAAAAACUGCACUCUCAGACACCUAUCAGUGUAGCCCUGGAAAUCCUAGCCAGGACAUUUAGAUAAUGAACAUUAAUGUCACAUGAAUCAUAAAGGAAAAUGUAAAAUGUUUUCUGUUUGCAAAUGACAUGAUUUUAUAGAUAUGAAAUUCAAAGAACUCUAGCCAAAAUCCAAUGCAUGAAUUAAGUAAAAUUAGUUGCAAGAUGCAAGAUCAACACAGAACUGUUCAGUUGUGUUUAAAAAUUAUCCUAAAACACAUCAAGAAAAUAAUCACAUUAAAUUAAUCACAAUUUUUUUUCAAAAUAGGGAUAAAUUUAGACUGGAGGGAAAAAAUAUAAAAAUAAUUAAGCAUUGAUGAAAAAAUGUAUGAGAUGAAUACAUGGAAAUAUACUCUGUAUAUGCACAUUAGAAUAUCAUAUUGUUAAAAGUCUCCACAGAACCCAAUAUAAUACACAGAUUCAAUACAGUCUGUACAAAAUUCCCUAAAAUCUUCACAGAAAUAGGGAAUAAAUCCUCAAAUUUGUAUGAAACCAAACCAAAUCCCAUAUAGUUAGAGCAAUAAAAGUUGAAUAAAACUAGAUAUUAUACUAUCAGUAUCAAAACACUUUAAAAGGCUAUAGUAAUGAAACUGUAGGAUAUUAGCAUUUUAAAAUGUCACCUAGAUCAAUGUAAAAAACUAGAAAGUCCAGAAAUAAACCUACACUAUACAUCAACUUGUCUCUAGUCAAUGUGCUAGGGACACACAAUAGAGAAAAGAGAAGUUCUUUAAUAAAUUCCAUUAGGAAAAUCACAUAUCCACAUAGUACAGAAGGAAAUUCAUCACUUACCAUUCAAUGUACAUAAAUAAUAAACACAAAAACAAAUGGCUUACAAAUACAACUUGAAAGCACAAAGUCCUAGAACAGGAGAAAGCUUCUUGGGGCUGGUUUUGGCAGUGAUUCUUUUGCUGUGAUACCAAAGGCACAGGAAGCAAAAAGAAAAAUGAGCCAAUCUGUAAUAAUAAUAAUAAUAAUAGUAAUAAUAAAAUGAAACAAAAUCACCUUACAGAGUGGCAGAAACUUUCAUGAACCACAUGUCCAUAAAGUAUGUAAGAAAGUCACACAACUCAACAGCAAAACAAAAAGGAACAAGCAAAAUUUCAAAACAUAGGGAAAGGGCAUUUUUCCAAAGGAGAAACAACAAUGUCCAACAAGUAAAUUUUUAAAAAGAUACAUAACGUUAAUAAUCAUGAAAGAUAUACAAAUCAAAACUACAGUGGUCUGUGCAUAGGACUGUAACAUAAUGUCUUCAACUGCUUCAAGAGAUACCAGGGGAGAAUAGCUGAGUUGUUUGUAACAGAACAGUUCAUAAUGGCCAUAUAUUUCAAAGAUACUAUCUAUUGAUCCACAGAUGAAUGGAUAAAGAAAAUGUGGUUAUGCACCAUGGAGUACUACUUGGCUAUAAAGAAGAAUUAACUUGAGUGAUUUGUAGGAAAAUUGAUAUCCCUUGAGAACAUAAUGCUGAAUAAAAUAAGCCAGACACACAAGCCUAAAUAUUGUGUGGUUUUGCUUAUAUGAAACCCCAAAAUCUAAAGUAUGACAAUACAAUAUAGAUCAUAGGAAGUGGAAAGGUUGAUCUUUUCAGAAAGGAAGGGAAUGAAGAGAAAGACGGAGGGCAGAGGGAGAGAAAGGGAAUGAAAAUAGAGUGAAGGUGUGUUAUCUGAGUGUACUAACUGCCCACGACAAAAGUAAUCGGCAUUUACUGUAAACAUGACUAAUGAAAAAUAAACUCCCUAAAAACACAAUUAGCUAUUGUUUCACUCCUGUUUGCGUGGUGUGUGUGUGCGCGUGUGCAGGAAUGUAGCAGGAAAGGAAGCCUGGUAUUCUGUUGGAGGGAACAUUUGUUGUAGCCACUGUGGAAAGCAGUAUGAUGAUUCUCCUCAAAUCAGAAACAGUGUUACAUGUAAUUCAGCAAUCAGGUUUUUAUUUAUCAAAGGAACGGAAAUCUUUAUCUCAAAAGGUUAACUGCACUUGUGUUCACUGUAGCAUUUUUGACAAUAGUCAAAAAAUAGGAGCAACCUAACUGUCUUAUUCCUGACCUUGAAGAAAACACUUGCAGCUUUGUUGUCUCAUCAUCAGCCCCCAAGAUCAUGGGGUGGCACCUGCAAGGCAGAAAAGAAAGAGUGCCCUGCAGGCAAACGUUCUCCACGAACACCAGCAGGCGGAUCCAAGACACUGAGGACAGUCAGGGAGAGGCCGGUGACAUGGAGCCACUGGGAGAAGAAGGCAAUGUUCAGAUGCCAGCAAGCAGGACUCAGACGCAUAAACACACACACACACACACACACACACACACACACACACACACACACAUGGAGAGAGACAGAGAUAGAACUGGGCAAGAGAUGAAAAACACAUUAGCACAGAGACAAAGAGAAAAUCAAAGCAGAGAGAAAAUAAAAACCACACAGAGGACUAAGCCUGAUCAAUGGAAAGAGGAGAAAGAGACAGAUAGGGGAGAGCCACAAAGGGGUAUCAAUAGGAAAUAGAGAAAUCGCAAGGGAGACUGAAAUGUGGAAAAAAUAAAUAUUUGUGCAUACUUAAUGGGUUACAGACCUAUUUCCUUGUUGGACAAUUGUGUGAGGCUCAUAGUGGUGCACAGGCUGAGGUCUGGAGCUGCCCUCCAGGUGCCACAAGAGAAGAGGCCCACAUCAAAAGAAGCAGGACAGUGAGGCCGAGGAGAACCCGAGCAGUCAGGGAACACAGAGCAACAGCCUGGGAAAUUGAGCACUGCUAACUUGCAAAGGUGCCAGGCUGAAGAAGCACCCUGAACCCUUACAUCUGUUUGCAGAUGCAAGAAAGCUAAGUUUGUAGGCAAAACCCUGUCAUUUCAAAGUUAAAAUCGGUAUUCGAAGACGAUUUCACCCAGGAGUGUCCAGGUAAUGAUUCUUGGUUAGAUGCAGGACUCAGCUUGACACAACUCAGGGAAUUAGAGGGACUCAGGAAACCAAUCCCACAGAAGUAGAGCCUGCUCCAGAAAUCCUAGAGCCCCAGCUUCUCAGGGGAAGGUGUGGUGUAUGUAACAGACUAAGACACACAGCCUCUGGGGGGGGGGGCGGGUUUGAAACUCAGACUGUUGGCAAGAUAUUCUUAAAUAUAAUUGGUGAGAGAGAGAGAGGUUUCCUUUUUCCCGAAUUUCACAGGUGGUUUUCUGGUAGACAAUAAGUAGCCCUCUAUGGGAAGAGCUAAGUGCAUUUCCUAGAGCAGAGAAACAAACUUGCACCUAGUCCAGUUUCUAAACCAUACCUGUCUUGUGAAAAGCUUGUAACAAAACACAAAUAUUCCCUAAACAAGAAUUUUAAGUCAUGGCAACUUACAUACAUAGAUGUGUGUGUACCCAUGAACAUUACGUAAACUAUAUUCUUAGGAGCUAAUAAUUUACAGCACUCAAAAGAAUAAAGAUCCUAACACAAACAUGAUUUAAUAGGGAAAAUGUAUACAACACUACUGUAGGAAGAGAUGGGGAACAGAAAGGAAGAUAAAAGAAAAGGAAGAGGAAUCUAGGGUUCCUAGGAAUGGUGUUAGAAAAUAAAUCACACUGGGAGGAGGGACAGGGAGGACCUGCAAGAGCUGGGGAUGGGGAAGGGUUUUUAGAGUUGGGAAGAGAGAAAAGACACAGUUCUACCUGUGCUGGAGUGAACUGUGUAACUCUGGGUGUGUUUAUGUGGGUGCAGUGGUGAGUUCACAUAGGUGCGAGUUCAUUUAUAUACAUGUGCACAUGUGCAUGUCUCUAUGCAAAGUGACUGUGUUUUCCAGUGGAGGCAGCGGAGGGACAAAGGGCCUUCUACAUGAGAGGGGAGAGAGGAAAGCCCAUGUGUGCAGCCAGCAGACUGAACACACCCCAGGCUCUGAGCCCAGGCUCUGAGCUGGGAGUCCUGGGUCUUUGCAGCAUUACAGCAGCAUUUCAUACAGGGCAUAGGGACCCACACUGAUGUCUUGGAACCAAGGCACAACCACGUGGAAAAGACCAUCAUUUUUCCAUUUUAGGGAAGAUAUCCAAGUUAAAUCAGGUAUCCUUUAAGUGACUAGGGAGAGAGAAUGAAGACUCAGGAUGCUGUGCCUCAGGACUCAAGGAUUCAUAAUUUAUGUAAGGAGGCAAAAGAUUUUUAGUAAGUGUUGGUGUUAUGCAGAAACAUGGACCCUGUGGUCAAGUCAUAUUUUUUCAGAAGAAUCCAGAAAUGUAGAUUUUUAUGUAAAACCUUUUGUCUUUUCGAUGUCAGCAAUUAAUAUCAAAAUUAUAUUGAUUUGCUAUACUGUACCUAUGAGUUUCCAGUUAAUCACUCUGAUUUAGAUGAAGAAAUCAGAUUGACUCCCUUUAGAAACUGUGAAGACUCAGACCUGUAUUUACAAUAAAUUCCAUGAUUCCCAUCCCCUUGCUAGGAAAAUGAGGAAAUGGAAGGUCCAGACUGGUUCAACAGUCUAAAUUCACAUGGCAAAUUUGUCAAAAAUAAAUAAAUAAAAAUAAAACUAGGAUGAGAAGACAGUUCUCCAAAUUUUUCAGUGUUUUAUGUAUGACACCCCCCUAUAUAAAUUAUUUACUGCUGCAUAACAAAUUAGUCCAAUGCUUAGCGGCAGAAAACAAUAAGCAUGGGUUACCUCAUGCAUUCUGUGGGUCAUGGAUACUUGAAACGCCCUGGCUGAAGGUCUCUGCCAUGAAGCUGCAGUUGAGUCUCCACCAAAGCUGCAGUUCCACCUGGAGGCUGUACAAAGUCAGAGCCUCCGAUACCCUCUUUCAUGUGGCUGUUGGCAGCAGUAUCCAUUGGGAUGCUAGACUUGCUACCAGCUAGCAGUCUCCCAAUGUGCCUUUUUCUGUGGGCCUCUCCAUAGGGCAGGUCAAUACACGGCAGCUUUCUUCAGGCAAGUGAGAGUGAGAGAACAAGCAAAAUCUGGUUCUCUCACUGAACCCAUAAUCUUGUUAUGACCUAACCUGAUAAAUAGCAUUCCAUCACUUCUGCCAAGUUAUAAUCACUGAGUAUGAAUCAAUGUAGCCAGUCCAUGAUCCAAAGAAGCAACUCACACAAAAGCAUGCACAGCAGAAGACAGGGGUCUCCAGGGCCAUGCUUGGCCUCCCAUUGUGUCAUGAACAGGCACCAGGAAUCUACAAGCUACAGCCACUGGCUAACUCCAGCUGCUACCUGGUUUUGUAAACAAAGUCUUACUGGAACGAAGCUGUAGCCAUUUGUUUAUGUAGGGUUAUGGCUGCUUUUUGCACUAUAUCUUGUAGCAUUGAGUAGCUGCAACAGAAAUCACAUGGCCAAAGAAACCUAAAACUUAUUUACUGUCAGACCCUUUAUAGGAGAAAUUUGCGAUUUGCUGGUUACUGGUAGGUGCAAUCAUAAGGCCCUUUGAGGCAUACAGAAGAGAGGAUUGAGAUAAUGAUAUCAAAUUCCGUUUUUGACUAAAUUCCUCUUUGUGCCCCAGCACUGUCAGUGCAUGGAGUAUACCUCUAAAAGUUGGUCUGUUACAAGUCUGGAUCAGUGGACCAUAUGUGAACUUGGUUCCCCAGAUCCUGUCUUAUCCUUUCUUCUUCACAUAGUCAUUCAGCUCAGACACCACAUCCAUAUAACUUUCGGUAAAAAGAUGACCACACAAGGUAAUUACAAUUAUAGCAUUCUCAAGUGGUGGGCUGGUUAUUUAGCUUAAUUACAUGGGAGCCAGAUAAGCCUAGGAUCCAGAUAUGAAUAACAAAAAUUUCUUUCACUUCUGUUGGCCACAGUUUCCUUAUUCUUAAAAUACUGAUUAUAAUACUAACUUUAUGCCUUUUGUUGUCGGAAAAAUGCAUUAAGCUUCAACUACAGGGACAGCUAUGAUAAUAGCUCCAUCGAGGCCAAACACCAUGUGUAAGACACUUAAAUUGUUCCUCACUGCCUACUGAGACAGGGCCAAUAGGUUCAUUGCAGUCAUCAGUUCUGACUUAAUGAUAGUGGCAGAAACCAUUAAACACUGCCUCUCGAGCUCUGCCCCUUGCCCUUGGAUAUAUCAUUUCUCCUACCCUGGUUCCCUGGCCAUUGCUACGUCUACCUCCUGACUCUUUUAUAAGAGCUACCUGUAUCUCACAGCUCUUGCCCAAGCAUGCAGCCAGGAGGUUAUGUAAACAGGUAGCAAGUGCUGCUGUAAGGUGAGAUUUUAUUGGGCUGGAUGUGAAAUGCAUUCAAAGGUCUGCUGUUAAGAGAAUAGCAAUGUAAAUAGAAAGCUGUCACUGUGCCCUUCAUGCUACUUGGAAUUGCACCAUUGCUGCUGGAUUGGUAGGACGAUGUCCUUAGGGUGGUCUUGUGUGAAUUUUUAGCAAACCUGUCUUGCUCAUGUUUUAACCCCAGGAGUCAGGAGUGUCAGUCACCUAGCUUAUCUGAGUGUGAUUAUGGAGACUGUGCAUCACACACAUCACUGCCAAGACUUCAAGUCCUUGAACUUGUCUGACCUGCUCAAAAGUGAUGUAUCUCAGGCCUUGUCUCCCUUGAGAUCAUAUUUCCUGUCCCUUUAAUUCUAUUAAUAGUACCAGCACUUACCCUGUCCCAGGGACAGAGCCAGGCAGUCUUCAAAGUAUGCUUCUUCUCACCCAAGUCCCUUUUUUCAUGACCAAUCAUUGCCAACUUUUCACUUCAUCUUCUAGAUAACUGGACUUCUCAAACCAUUCUGUUUUUAUUCUACUGUCAUAGGAAAUGUAUAGCCUUUCAUUCACCUCUCUUGUGCCUUACUCUUCUGAAAUUAUUUCUUCUUUAUCAUAAUUGCUCUGAGUAUCAUAGUAGAAAAAUAUUUCUAGUAGGUCCUAUAAUUCAGAUCCUAUAAUUCAGAGGGCUCAGUAUUUGCUUUCGUGUUAACAUAAGAAAACAAGUGGAAAAAAGAUACCAUGUAUUAAAAAUUGUGGUGACUAAUCAUGAUAGCAUUAGGCAUUCAUUAUGGAGCUUGGAAGAAGUUCCAACUUGCAAGAUGCAUACUAUGCCUUGCAUAAGUGCAGAGUAAAAACAUAUCACCCUCAGCCAAGCUGAUGGAGAUGAUGAGGACGUGGUACUUGGGCUUGGCUGUGUAGAUUAUGCAAACCACUCUAAGAGUAAUAAACUGGAUUUAGUAAGUGAUUAUAUUUGUGCAAUAUGGAAAACAGAAAAGUCAAAGAGAAAUUUCCAGUCUCUAUCAUCAAGCACUUUGGAAACUGGAGGUGAUAGCUACAAAAAACAGAAAGAUUGAGUUAUAAGCUGAGAUGACUAUGACAGGCGGGAUGUUGUCAAGGUGGCAGAAGUCAUAAUGAUACUCAAGUAGAUGUAAUUAUCGUCCAGGAAAAUUGGGAGACAGUAAUCCAGCCUAGAAACAAAGAUAGAAGCAGCUGUGUGGAGGCAGAGUUAAGGACUGUGUGAAACCAGAAGAGGGGCAUUAAGCAAGAUUCUCACAUUAAACUUAGAGCACGACACACACUACCUCCUCUAAGCACGUGCCUUGUCUGUGAAAUGCAGGAGGACCUAUCAAAUUGAUUGGCAUACAUUUCGAAUCAAAUAUAUGCAUGCAAAUUGUUUAACAGUGUCAGGCACAGAACUAAGGAGGAAGAGGAAAAAGAGAAAGGAUAAAAUUUUAUCAUUAUCAUUUUUAUGAUAAUGUUAAGUUCUUGAAGUUGAUCUCAUUUAGAACUUUGGGUAUAGAAGAAAAAGUUCAUAAUAAAUAAAAAACAGCAAUCAGAAAGGCAGGAAAAAGUACAAUUUAUGCACUUUUCAUGUUAUUUUACUAAAUCCUUGUCUAUGGAUUUUCCACCACUUGUGUUGGAAAUAGUGAAGGACACAAAACUCAAAGGCUAAAUAGCAUUUAUUUUUGUAUCCAAUACAGGACUAGGUCCAAAAGUCCUAACACACAGCAGAGGUUCACGACUUUAAGUGGAUGUUGAAUGGAGGUAGAGAGAGCUUUCAAGACUGUAAGUGUUCUUACAAGUCGCAGCAUGCCAAAGAUAAGUCAGGUGAUUAAAGUCAAAAAUCUUGGAUUAGAGAUGAAAGAGUGGGUAUUGAGUUUAAAGGGUAAGAGCUUGAUGGGUUUGAUACAGAUGCCAGGAAGCAGUAAGUUUAGCGGCAAUGGGUUGAAGGGAAAAGGGCAUAUGCAUGAAUAUAGAGCACCACACAAGUAGAAACCACUGUCUUGAGAAACUUGAUAGUGGGUGAAAGGAGAGUGGUUUGAAAAAGGAGUCAUGGACAGGUUAUUCCCCAAUAAAGAACGGAAUUUAUUGUGGAGCAGCUGAAGGUGCCAGCAGAAGGGAGCUGAGAUGAAUGUAUGUGUGGUAGAGAGAAGAGGGUUCCCAGGGUCAGAGAGUUCCUCUAAAAUGAGAAUGAAAGAAGCCAGAAACUGAAAAUACACACACUUGGGAAGGCAUCUGAAACAUGGAGACUUGACAGCAAGAGUUGGUCCCCCUUCCCUUCUAUUUCCGUUAGAACCCAGUGAGAGGCGGUCACCACUAUACCCAUUCUCACUGACAACCAGGGAGCCCAAGCAGCCAGAGCAGGGCUUCCCUGCUUCCAGCCCCAGCCUGGGUGUGUGUCUUCCAGCAGUCUCUGGCAGAUGUGUACUUCAGACACACGGGGAACGCCCCGUGGAGUCUGGUUCCUUCCUCUGCAACAGGAGGUACAGCACAGGCCCGCUGGCCGCACAGUGGUCUGCUGGAUGUGGGGCCUCCAAGCAGGAAGCCGGCCCCUGGGGCACUCAUUCUGAGGUUGCUGCAGUAAAUGCUGUGUCAGGGAGGCUGCUGGGCGCAUCUUUAUUCCCAGGACCUUCCCAGCUCCUCUCUUCCUCGGUGCCCCUACCUGCCUUUUAACCUCAGUCACAUACUGGCCACCAGAGACCAGACAGAAAACACUGGUUUUCAGGGCCUGUAUGUAUCUUACCUUCAUCUCUUCUUACACUUGUGCUCUUUAAACUAACUGUUUUUCUACUUUAUGUGAAAAAAAUAUCAUCAUGUCGUGUAAGUCCAAAAAAUAAUAGUAACCUGCAUUGAUUCAGGAGAUAAUUUUUUCCUUUUGCAGCUUGUGUCCACCCAGAGUCCAGCCCUGGUCUGAACAUGAUGUGAACACCGACUCUGUGACUCUGAAGGCUUCCUUUACAGACUGGUACCCUCUCUCCCAGCUCUGCACACAGCAGGCUCUGCCUGAGGACUCCCCAUGGAGACAGUGGUCCUCAGAUCCUCUCUCCUGGAGCCCCGCAGGUCCCACUGCAGGUCCCAUGAAACUGCUCCUAAUGGUCCUUGUUCAUCUUAUAGUGCUCUCUCAGGCCUAUUAGGAAUCACAGCCACGGCUGAGCUCUUUAUAAAGGCUAUGCCCGCAUGCCAUUCAGUCCAGUCUCAUCCUGACGCCAAGCUGCUGGCUAUGAGGAUCCAUUACCUCCUGUUUGCUGUGCUCUUGUUGUUCUUGAUGCCUGUUCCAGGUGAAGGAGGGCUCAUAAGUGCAGUACAAAGAUAUUUUUGCAGAGUGAGGGGCGGCCGCUGUGCUGCCCUUUCCUGCCUUCCACGGGAGACGCAGAUAGGCCGUUGCUCUCUCAAGGGCCGGAAAUGCUGCCGAACAAAGAAAUAGAAGAAAUGUGGACGUGACAGUGGGAGAUGCCUUCUUAAGAUAAAAAUGAACUAAAUAUUUUUUCUAAAAAAUUAAAAAGUUGAUAAAAAGAUAA